AAAAGAUGACCCUUCUCAUUCUCAAACUCUAAACCCUCUCUCUCUCUCUCUCUCUCUCAAACACACACACACACACACCAACCUCAAAAGCCUACUUGCUGUACGAGGCGGUGUUGGCCCUGAGAGAGAGAUCGAUCCACCAUGAUGUCUUCCUCCGGCGCCGGCAGGUACAUGGCCUUCCCGCCGUCACCGUCAGCUCCUCCAUCCCCUCACCUCUCCGGUCUUCGUUCUGCUGCCUCCUCUGCUCUUGCUGAACAGGACAAGUAUUUAACUGAGUUAUUGGGAGAACGUCAUAUUCUUGGUCCCUUCAUGGCUGUACUUCCACACUGCUAUCGAUUGAUCAAUCAAGAAAUUUUGCGUGUAACCACGCUGUUGGGGAAUGCAUCAGUUUUAGGUCAAAGUAGGCUUGAACAUGCGAGCCCCCUGGCUACUGGAGGAAUAUUUUCAAAUGGAGGUGCAGAUGUGAACGGUUGGGCAUCAAGAUUUCAAUCAGAAAUGCCAAGUUUGUUACAGUCCUCGGCAACACCAAGUUGGCUGAGUCCACAAGGUAGCUCAUCCGGUCUUGUUGUUAAAAAGACUAUGAGAGUCGACAUACCUGUGGAAGUAUAUCCUAAUUUUAACUUUGUUGGUCGCCUCCUAGGCCCUAGAGGAAACUCUCUAAAGCGCGUAGAAGCAAGUACUGAUUGUCGUGUCUUGAUCAGGGGCCGAGGUAGCAUAAAGGAUCCAGCUAAGGAGGAAAUGAUGAGAGGGAAACCUGGGUAUGAGCAUCUGAAUGAACCUCUCCAUGUUCUAGUUGAAGCAGAAUUUCCAGCUGAAAUCAUAGAUGCCCGCUUGAUGCAAGCACGUGAAAUACUUGAAGAUUUGCUUAAACCUGUGGACGAAUCUCAGGACUACUACAAGAAGCAGCAGCUUCGGGAACUAGCACUGCUCAAUGGCACUCUUCGCGAGGAGGGUUCUCCUAUGUCUGGUUCUGUUUCACCCUUUCACAACAGCCUUGGUAUGAAAAGGGCCAAGACCAGGGGGUAAUUUGUCCUGAAGGGUGAAAGGGUUUUUGUGGUUGUCUUCAGUUUCUACAACAGCACUUGCCACCGGUGAUGUUGUCAGUGAAUGCCCUAAACUCCCAUCCUGGCAACAUAUUGCCAGUUCAGACCUGUUCUAUGUGCAGUGUGUUUAUAUUCAGUUUGGGAAGGUUUAAAGAUGGUAGCGCGUAGUAAAGGUCCAGUUGAAUUUGGUGAAUUUACCUUUUUUAUGUUGGUUAGGUGGUUUGGUUAGAUUAUCACCAAAUCUUUCAUAUUAUUAUGGGUUAUAUUUCAGCUUGCAUCGAUAGUUUUGAUAUGGUUUCGGGAACUGAUGAUGAUGAUGUAUGGUUUGUUCCCAGAUUGAGGCAGAUGUAUUAUCUGCUUCAAUGCGUGUAUGGGUGACAUUUUAUAGUAUCAAAUGUAGAUUAUAGAUUUGUGGAUU